AUGGCAGACCGUUUCCCUUCCAUCGAAGACAUUGAUGCGGUAACUCUGGCUGCAGGAGAAACAAACGUGCGACCUGAAUCCACCGCGCAAGGCAAUUUCCUUGACCGAGAACGAGCGCUCCUAGGAGAAGACGCCGAGCUCUUUGCCGCCCACGAUAAAUCCGGUGUUGCGACUGUAGAAGAUGGUGAUGACGACUUGCUAGGAGGGGAUGGAGAUUUCACAUCAGCCCCGGCUCGGCUAUCAGGCGGGGCGCAGAAUGAGUUGGAUGAUUUCGAAAGCUCAUUUCCUGCCAUUGACACUCGAAACGACAACGUUGGCCCUGGUGGCACCAUAACCAGCACCGCUCCCUUCCAAAGCACUUCGGGCUAUACAAACUACACUGCUCCUUCACAAGAAGAAGACACCGAGCCUAUCCGCGAGUGGCGAGCCAAACGAGACGCGGACCUGAGCCGAAGAGAUGAAGCGUCUGCCCGUAAAAAGGACGAGACUAUCGCCACAGCCCAGAAAGACAUCGACUCUUUCUACGAAUCCUACAACCGCAAAGUUGACAAACAGAAGGCCCAGACGGCGAAGGAAGCCGAGGAGUUCCUCGCCAAGAGAGAGGAUACCACGGCUGGAGGCACGAGCUGGGAGCGGAUCGCAAAAUUGGUCGACUUGAGCGGCAAAGGCCAGCAAGGCGGGGGAGAUGGCUCGUCCAAGAAGAGAAUGCGGGAACUCCUCCUGAGCCUGAAAGCGGACAAAGAUGCUCCAGGUGCUACGGGCGUGUGA